CGAAUUUUCGAUGCCUUUUAGUAUUUUUGUUAGCAAUAUAUAAAGAGACAAAGGUGAUGGCGGGAUACUUAUACUCUUCCUUUGCUAAUACAUUUUGAAUUGGCUGAUCGUUUCAGAUUAGGGUUUCUUAUCGAGAAUGGCGAGACGGGCAAUCGGAAUCGAUUUGGGGACGACAUAUUCGUGUGUGGCGGUGUGGAGGCACGACCGCAUUGAGGUAAUAGUAAACGAUCAGGGCAACCGCACCACACCGUCUUACGUGGCUUUCACCGACACUGAGCGUCUCGUUGGCGACGCUGCCAACAAUCAAGCCGCCAGUAAUCCUAUCAACACUGUUUUCGAUGCAAAGAGGUUAAUUGGCUGCAAAUUCAGUGACCCAACGGUUCAGAUCGACAUGACAUUCUGGCCAUUCAAGGUCAUACCCAACACUUCCAACAAGCCUAUGAUCGUGGUAAAUUACAAAGGGGAGGAGAAACAGUUUUCAGCUGAGGAGAUCUCUUCAAUGGUGCUCUCCAAGAUGAAGGGUAUCUCAGAGACAUAUCUUGGAUCAACUGUCAAGGAUGCUGUCGUGACUGUGCCUGCUUAUUUUAACGACUCUCAGCGCAAGGCGACCAAGGAUGCUGGAGCUAUUGCCGGCCUUAACAUUAUAAGGAUCAUCAAUGAGCCUACAGCUGCAGCCAUUGCAUACGGUCUGGUUGAAGGGGCUACUUUUGUUACAAAAAAUGUGCUCAUUUUUGACCUUGGUGGUGGCACGUUCGAUGCGUCUCUGGUGACAAUUAAGGCGGGCGUAAUAGAGGUGAAGGCUAUUGCUGGUGAUACUCAUCUUGGAGGUCAGGACUUAGACAAUAGGAUGGUGAAUCACUUCAUAAAAGAGUUCAGGCGUAAGAAUGGUAAGGAUAUAAGUAGAAGCCCAAGAGCUAUUAGGAGAUUGAGGACCGCUUGUGAAAGGGCGAAGAGAAUCCUUUCAUCCACUUUCCAAACCACAAUUGAGAUCGAAGCAUUGUUUGAGGGGAUUGAUUUCUUUACAACUAUCAGUCGUGCUAAAUUUGAUGAACUUAACAUGGAUUUAUUCAGCAUGUGUGUGGAGCAUGUAGAGAUGUGCUUGCAAGAUGCAGAGAUGGAGAAGAGCAGCAUCCAUGACGUGGUGUUGGUUGGGGGGUCGAGUAGAAUUCCCAAGGUUCAGCAGCUGUUGCAGAACUUGUUCAAUGGAAAGGAGCUGUGCAAUAGCAUCAAUCCAGAUGAAGCUGUGGCAUAUGGUGCUGCUGUGCUAGCUGCCAAGUUGAGUGGUGAUGGCAAUGACACCGUGCAGAAUCUGGUUGUUUUGGAUGUUACUCCUUUGUCCCUUGGUGUUCAUUGUGAUGGAGAUAUCAUGAGUGUAAUUAUUCCGAGGAAUACAACUAUCCCAACUAGGAGAACACAAAGUUUCCACACAGCGUACGACAAUCAGACCAGUGUGAUGAUUAAGGUGUAUGAGGGCGAAAGAAGCAGGGCAUUUUACAACAAUCUGCUUGGGCAAUUCAAUCUCGAAGGCAUUCCAGCAGCGCCCAGAGGUGUUGCAAAAAUCAACGAGUGCUUCGACAUUGACGUGAAUGGUAUCAUGACUGUGUCAGCGGAAGUAACGGGGACUAGAGUGAAGAAGAGCAUCACCAUCACUAACGACAAUGGCAGGCUGUCCAAGGAAGAAGUUGAGAAUAUGAUUAUGAAUGCCAAGAAGUACAAGCAGGAGGACGAGGAGCAUAGGAAGAAUGUGGAGGCGAAGAAUGCCGUGGAGGACUACGCCUACAACACGAGGGACACCAUCAGAGGUGCAGCCAGGCUCAGACGAGCAGACAAGAAUAAGAUGGAAGAUGCUUUUGAGUCCUUUAUACAGUGGUUGGAGUUAAAUAAGCAUGCAGAGGCUGAUGAUUUUGAAGACAAGAUGAUGGAGCUCAAGACCAUUUUCGACCCGAUUAUUGCCAAGAUUUAGCAAGAUGAAAGCGUGUCGAUUUAGACUUUAAAGAAGUAGAUUAGCAGGAUCAUGUAGUUUGUUUUGUUCCCUUUUGCUGGUAUGGAUACCUUGUUAAAGUUAGGCCAUUUCAGUGUAGUAGUCUGAAGAAA